CUGUUCUGGAAAAAGAUGUCAUCUUGAAGCUUCUGACAAGUCGCUAAUCUUGACAUGGGGAACAAGGCGAGCCGCCCGACGACGGCCUCGCAGCAGGCGCUGGAGACGCUGCUGUCUCGUCCCAGUGCCUUACACCCAGGACUGUUCUCACUGCAUGCUACUGCGCAUCACGGCGUACCAAGCAACGCCAAAGUUCUGGCCUUCUGUGGCCUACAGGGGAUUUUGGCAGUCGGCACUGCAUCUGGAGCCGUAAAACUCUACGGGGCCGACGGAUUGGAAGUUCUACUGGAAGGACCCGAGUCUGCGUCGCACUUGGCCGUGGGCGUCACGCAUCUCCAGUUCACAGCACGCCAGCGACUGGUCGUAGGCUACACGGACAGUUCCCUACGCGUUUUCGACUUGGCAUCAGGCGCUGUGCUCUGCUGUGUAUCAGACGCAUGGACUACGAGCGUCCUCACGUGUCUCGAGACCUUAAAGUACACUAAUUUCCCUUUCUUUUUCGUGGCUACGGACGACGGCGACGUCCACGUCGUGCAUGAAGAGACCGGCAGAGUCAGCACGUACGCCAUCCGUCCACAGGAUCUGUCAGUGCCCAAUGCCGAGGGCAUCACCGCCAUGGCAACUCACCCAAGAGACGGCAAUCUGCUGCUCAUCGCCUACGACACGUGCCUUGCCGUGUUGCUGUGGGACUUCGCCAAGCGUAAAGUGGUGCGCGAGUUCACCCUGUCGGGUAAAGCGCACAAAGUGGCGUCUCCGCAGUCGUCACUUCCGCCAUCUGAGUCUUCGGGUGACGGAGAGCUCGUCUACAACUCGCCACAGUCUCUAUCCUGGCACUCGAGUGGUAAACGAUUCGUCGCGGGGUACAAACACGGAGGCUUUGCAGUCUUUCGGGUGGAUAAACCUCAUGGUUUGUAUCGUUAUGUAGAUGGGAGUGCACCAAGUGACCAGGUGACGCCUGUGAAGCAGAUCAAGUGGAUCUGUGCGCCGCCAACAUCCAAACAUGUUGCUCUUCCUGGCGCGAUCGUCUUUACUGGAGGUCGUUCGGAGCCUACAGAGUCCAAUCUACUGACUCUAGUGCACCCACCGAGCGAUGUACGCAGCAGUGACGACACACUGACAGAUCUCUUCAAAGCAGAGAAGUUGACUUGGCUUGUAGCCACGAUCGAGUCGGCCAAUCACGCAGAGAUCGCAGCGUUCGAGAGUGCGCAGGACCAAGUGGAUUACAGCAACAAAAUAGCUCCACUCUCUCUCAUUGUACUCUCAGGAAACCCACUGGACGGCUGCUUGCCGACUGUAAGUGUGCAGAACUUGCCAUGUUUUGUCAAACUCUGCGACGGCGACAGAGAAGAAUGGGAGUGGCGGAUGGACAGACUCCCAGAAGCUGCAGUUAUCCCGCCGCUACUGCAACUUAGUCCACUCAAGACGUUUGCACUUGUGAAUCUUGUUCACUCUGACAGCACAUUACAGGACGACUUGUACUCCGCGUGGAACCAAGCGCAAUAUAACCCUCUGUUCCGCUUGGCUGAGAGUGGAGACUUUGACUGGCCUAUCAAUGGCGGCAGCGUGCUGGAACCGAUGCUCAAGGGAUUCCUUGCUACUAGUGGCGCUCCGGGUAUUGCACCAAACAGUAUGAUGCUAGUGACAGGCCACGCCAAUGGCUGCGUGUUCAUCUGGGAGGCUCAUACAGCUGGAGAUCGCCUCAGUAAGGGUGCGAUUCGCUUGCUUCAUGUUGUGGAUACACCACUACAGAUGUCUCCUGCCCCAGUCAACCCAGAGAUAACUUGUCUGACAUUUUGUACCGACUCGCGCACUCUUGUGGUUGGCUUUGCGUCUGGAGAGAUCGCCAUUCUGGAGUUUGGGCAGUUGAAGCCACGUCCGUCGACUGACGAGACCCAGCAAGACCCAGCAGCACAACAACAGAGCUCGUCGACAGAUACCGUGGGCUUCCGCACGUUGUUCUCCAUCCACGUACACUCCGAGCCGAUCUCGAAGCUGGUGAUGUCGUCCUUGUAUGGAUACGUGGCUAUAGCGGACGCAGCGGGGAUGGUGUCACUUGUCGAGAUCAAGACGCAGAACUUCCAGCUCUUAGUGUGUGAUAUCUCUCCGACUGGGGACGAGUCCAUGUCGGUCGAUUCCUUGCUGAUGAGUGAACUAGUGCAAACGACUGAGAUCCCUGGGAGUGGAUCGUCGACUUCGCAGCCUCUGGGGAGCAGCAAAAGCGGCAGAGGAUCACCAGGUAAAGCAAACAUUCACAGCGGAGACGCGACUCAGACCGCGAUACAACACCGCGAAGUGAUUCCUGUGCUCUUCGUGGGACGUGGCAGUGGGAAACUGGAAAUGUUCCAUGUGCAGUCAGCCACAAAGAUGGGAGAAACGCUCGUGGACCCGGACAAGACCACAAGUUUGUCUUCAAUCAUCAUGGUAGACGGUGGUGGCAACCGAAUCGAAAUCCCAGGGCGCAAGUGGGUGGAACAAGGAGAGAAGAACUCAGAUUCUGCUGCUGCUGUGUCGUCGGAUAUGGUGGAGCCACAGCUAGCAGAAGCCCGACAGCAAAAUGUCGCUAGUGAAGGCACUAAGGAUCAGUUGACUCAGCCAGUAUCCAGUGCGGAUUUUGAACUAACGCAGCAUCUUGUGACGACAGCAAAGGAAGAACGAUCGAGGUCUGAAGUAGCAGUUCAAGCUGUGGAAACGUCGAGUUGGGAACAGAGGAAUCUCGUUGAGGUUCGAGCUCCUCCCGGCUCGCUUGGUCUGCAUCUUUUCAUGGAGAUCGAGCAACACGCCGUGGUGAAGGGGUUUGCAGAGGACAGUGCCACCGCCGAAUUGUUCACCGCAAAGGGAAUUGGCGCUGGUCACACUCUCACAGCGAUUAACGGAGUGGACGUGACUUCACUCGACCGUGAUCUAGUAUGUUCUGUGCUUGACAAACUUCGGGAACACGAAAAAGUCCUGGACUUCGCUGAGGGUUUCAAGGAGGUACCUGCUAGCAGUGAAGCUGGAGCCUCUGACGUUCUGGUUGAGCAUUCAAGGAGCGUAGCGGAGAUUGAACAGCCACGAUUCUUAGUCUGUGCGUGUGGCAGGAUGAUCCACAUAGUCCAAGCCUCAGUUCCACGAGCAGCGGAGAUGGCGAUGGGUCCUAAGGACAUUCCAGCUCAACCUCUUGCCAGUAUCGAGCUGCAUGGGUCUGUGCUAGUGGCUUCUGUGGUUCGAGUCCCGGUGGGUGAAGGUGUGGAGAACUGCCUCGCUGUUAUCGACCAGAGUAACCACGUGUACAUCCUCUCGCUACUGUCCUUAAAGCCAAUCUGGAAGACGGACGGCAACUUUGGCUCUGGAUUGGGUCGCUCCGGUCUGGUUGACGGCGUCCUGUCCGAUAUCUCGUACGGUGGAGAGCUCGUAGUGGCCAAUACUUUCGGUGAAGUGGAGCGCUUCUCUCUGUUCGCUGAGGCUACAGCGAUGGAGAACGCGAUGCUGGAGCGCAAGUCUAUCAAGACGCGACUGCAUCUGACUGAACGUGUAGCCCUCUUCAACCAAACAGCGCCCCCUUCAUCGACAGAUAGUGGGAAAAAGCGGGGAAUAGCGGAUGCGGGCAAAAUGUUCAAGAAACUGGUACUCAGCGUCACUCAAGAGGCCACAGACUUGAACAAAGUGUUCCAGUUUUCGACCGAAGAAGAUGAGCGCAAGAAACUGAUGGGAGAUCGAACUUCUACUGCUAAAGACACUGAGAGCGCCACUGCAAAGACUGAGACGGGGUUAAAUGCGACAAAAGAUACCCUCAUGCAAGCGCAGCAGCGACUCGCGGAGCGUGGGGAGAAGCUGAACGAUCUGGGACUCAAGACGGAGCAAAUGAAGAAAACAUCCGAAGAUUUCUACCAGACGAUGAAGGCUUUUAACGAAAAGAACGCCAACAAAAAGUGGUAUGAAUUCUAGGUUCUGGAUACCUUUCCUUCUAACAAAAUGGAUACAUUGUCGAGUUAGUCGUAUUUGACCCAUACCAACGUAAGUCCUUGCGAUGGUGCGCCCUGUCCUGCUUUUCCUCGAUUCUUAGCUGCUAGGAUCACUGGAAUGUCAUCGGGUUUCAGUCUCCCCAAGCCAACAUCGACGAUGGUACCCACCAAGAUCCGCACCAUCUUGUACCUGAACCUGUUACCCUCAAAGACCAGACGUAUCCUCAUGGCUACAUCUUCUUGGUACUGAGCGUCUCCUCUGUCAUUUAAAUUGUCCGAAUGAAGCUCAA